UACUCGAUACGGACCUUUAAAACCCACAUAAAUGUGGUACAAAAUUCUUUCGUCAAGUGGUCAACCUUGGCUGUGAACAACUGCUCGACUGGAUUAACUCAAGAUGAACUAUGAGCAGAGCAUAUGGAUGCAGCAAGUUGAAAGACGCAAGUUGGAAAUAGAGGAACAAAAGACUAAAAUGGAAGUUGAAAAGAUGGAUCGCAUGAUGAAAUUGGAGGAAAGCAAGCUAGAGUUGGAGGAGCAGAAGAUCAAAAUGGAGGAACAAAAAACGAACCCAGAAGCUGACAAGACGGAUCGCAUGAUGAAACUGGAGGAAAGCAAGCUUGAAUUGGAGGAGCACAAGCUCAAAUUGGAAGAACAAAAGACGAACACAGAAGCUGACAAGACAGAUCGCAUGAUGAAGUUGGAGGAGCGCAAGCUAGAAUUGGAGGAGAACAAGCUCAAACUGGAGGAACGUCGAAUGGAAAAUGAUUUUAAAUUAAAGCAACUGGAGUUGGAGCAGAAGGAGCGAAUUCUCAAGUUAGAACUUGAGCUUAAAUACAGAGAACAGCAAUAAAUUCAAUAAUGCACAUA